AUGGGAUGAGGCUUAGCCAAUCCACAUCCGUGUCUUCAUCUCCCAUUGUGCCUAAAGCUGUGAUGUCAUCAUCUUCGUCACCUAGGAGGAGAGAGAGCUGAGGCCCAGGAUUCCAUGUCCUCAGACCUCGAUGGAGGAAGCUGCACACGAGGCCAGUUUAUCCCUAAAUGGUGUUCCUUGGCUCUAUGCCCUGUUUUGUAUGCUCUUUAUCUUUUUUCUCUUUGUCAUGUUUUCUCCCUUUUCACUUGAGAUAGACCAACAUGUAAAGAAAUUCUUGCUCAAAUGCAGGUUUACUCUGCACAAUAUUGUCCGUAAAGAUAAAGAAAAUGAUGACAUGAAGAUAGACCACCUAGGAAGACCAGGCUGUCCCCUGGAGUCACCAAGGACAGAAGUUCUUGGAGGGAAGGAAGAUGAGAUGAGAGGAGAUCCCCCACUGUUUGUGAGGAUAGCAAAAGAGCCCAGGGAUUCCGAGACUGAGAUCUGUUCCCCUGGGCCAUCCGUUUGAUGAGAGAGGCUAAGGUUGUAAGGAGUCCUGUGACAUCAUAUCCCAGAGGGAGAGGUCUUCAGAGACCCUCAUUGCCUGUGUUUAUACUGGAAAAAAAAAAGAUAAUAAAUAUUGUGAGACUCUCAGAAAA